UCACUGGUUCCGCUCCAUAGAGCUUUCAGUCAAGCUUCGGCAGCUCAAUCGGGACGGACGUGCUUGCAUCGGUUAACGUUGGAGUUCCAGUACAUAAUUUGAACUGAAAUGUUUGUCAAAUGUGUAAUUUAGGCGGACUAAGUUGUUUCUGUUCUACAGGCGAAGUCAAAUUUUUAUUGUUUUCUGAUUACUGUUGUUGUGGAGUACAUAUAUAAUAACUACGUUAAACAGUUUGUGCCAUGAUUUGGAUUAACGCAUCGGAUUACGUGUUGCUAGUGAUUAUUUCAACGUUUUUUCGAGUUUACACUUCCGUUCACAUUACUAAUCUUGAAGUGCCACGAACGUAUAUCCUCGAACAGGAAGAUUUUCUCACUGCCUUCGCCACCGGGGAGUACCACUGGGGCCAGCAGCAACGGCUGAUAGGAAGUGAACCGAAUGCUACCAUCCAGCCACGACCAGCUGCCGCAGAUGAGGCGGAAAAUUCUACUGCUGGUAGUAGUAGCAACCAGCUUCAUAAUAAUUCUUCCAUGGUGGUUAAGCCACUCAUAAUGGACUGCCAGUACGAGAUUAAAGCUAAUGAGUGCGGUUUCGUACUCAAGUGGUAUUUCAACCGAAAGUUGAUUUACCAAUGGAUACCGGCAAGAAAUCCAGUUGGUAUGAAUCAGUUCAAAAGUGAACUUCGCACAAAUUAUUCUAUGUCGGAUUCGGCCAACUACAAGUACCGGGCCCUGGUGAUACAGAACCCAAAGCUGAACCACAGCGGAGAGUACAUGUGCUCGGUGCAAACGUAUGAAUCCUUCGAUCGUAAGGCGGCACGGUUCCAAAUAGUCGUUCCGGAGAAGAUGCUGCUGCUUCACUACGAAAAUGAUGCCGAGAAGGAAAACAUGCUGCAGAUCAAAUGCAGCGUGUUUAUGAUUUAUCCUGAACCGAACCUGGUGUUAGUUGUAAGCGGAGACUUAGUGCUGGUUAGCUCACGUACGGUCGUCGUUUCCGACCGGUACCACAUGUACAACAAAACCGUUUACGGCCUGAUCGACAAACACCUGCUCAUUUCACCCACCUCGAUUGGUUGUGUUCUCUCGGUGGCCGGCUCGAGCUACGUGCGGAAGCGCGAAACAAUCUAUUACGAUCCCACACAGUUGACGCGAUGGAGCCGCCUCAGAAUGGACCGACAGGGACGAUUUGAGAUCAGCGCUUGUUCCGAUAAAUUAAGCACGCCCUCAUUGGUGUCGUUGGCAGCGUUUGGAAUAAUUAUCAUAGUUCAUUUACAUAAAAAAUGUCUUCAAUAGUAAUAAAAAUUAAUUAGUUUUGUCCAAACCGAACAAA